AUGCUGGGGUCUGGCGCCAAACUCCGCCCCGUUCCCCAGAGAGUCGAGCUCGGCCCGUCAGCCUCAAGAAGACCGAAUUACAUCGAAACCGAGAGGAUUCACGGGGCUACGGUGGCACGGGUGGACGAGCUAUUCCACAUCUGCCAGGCCCUGUACGAUCGGUUCGGAUUCCGCGGGACCCCUGAGCUCAUCUAUAACUGCGAUGAGACCGGAUUCGGCGACAAGGGCUCCUCCAGAAAGCGUGUUCUCUGUGGGAAAGGCCAAAAGACCGUCUAUGCGCAGCAGGUGACAACCAGAGAACACGUCACGGUGCACUGCUGCGUAAACGCUGCUGGGGAGGCCAUACCACCAUUUGUCAUCUUCGCAAAGUGCCUCCCCAGCACAGCCUACGGUCUGGAAGGGCCCACCAAUGCGCUCUACGGUGUGUCUGGUACGGGGUACAUGGACAGUGAGCUUUUUUUGAAGUGGCUGGAGCACUUCGUGAAAUAUGCCCGGCAGGAGCGACCACUCCUCCUCUUCAUGGACCAACAUGACACUCAUGUUGGGACAAGAGUGGUCGACUUCUGUCGGGCGAACCAGAUCGAGGUGGCGUGCCUGCCAUCGCACGCCACCCAUGUGCUCCAGCCGCUGGAUGUGUCGGUGUACGGCCCUCUGAAGGCGGCAUUUUCAGAUCUGGCGAGACAUCUGGGGCUGGUGAGAGGCAACCUCAUCAUCGGGAAGAAGAACUUCACGCCGGUGCUGAAGGUCGCGUUUGAGCCUGUAACCCACACAACAUCCAGAGUGGGUUCAAGAACACAGGCCUGUAACCCACACAACAUCCAGAGUGGGUUCAAGAACACAGGCCUGUAACCCACACAACAUCCAGAGUGGGUUCAAGAACACAGGCCUGUUCCCGCUGGACAGGAAGAGUCCAAGCUCGUCAAAGGCCUUACCACCCGCCCAAGGGAUGAAUACAUCGACCAGGAGGACAAAGACGAUGACUCGUCCACCUCCCAUCCCAGCACCGGCGAGGAUACCCCCACUGCCUCCAACAGCCACAUCAACACCGCUGCCGCCAAUGCCGUGCCCGACCCCGUACCCCUGUCCACCACCGUAGUUUCCACCAGCGUUGUCGCCGCUUCCCCAACCCCCUGGUAAGGGGCGGUGUCAUCCCGGCGGCAUUGGCCGAAAUUCUAAUGCCGCCACAAUUCGACCGGCCGUCCAGGGGGCGGGGAAGAAGGAUGCCUCUGCCCGCCAGAGUGAUCACCAGCGACACUCACGCUGCGCUACUAGCAGAGAAGCGGGCAGAGGAAGCCAGAAGAGAACAGGCCCGGCAGGAUCGGGCAAACCAGCGCGUCGUCCGGCAGCAGCAGGAGGCUGCACAGCGCGCUGCAUUAGCGGCCGUGCGGGAGGCCGCAAAACGGCAGAAGAAGGCAGCACAGCAGGAAGCUCGGCAGCAGAGAGAGGCGCUACAGGCAUCGGCCCGGGCUGCCAGGGAGGCCCAGGAGGCAGACAGGGAGCUCCGGGAGGCAGUGAGGUGUGCCUUCUGCGGGCAGGGAGGGCAACGACUUUUUGUACAAUGUGACUCCUGUACCCUCUGGCACCACGCCAAGUGCGUCAACGUCGGCAUGGUACCAGAGGGUACAUGGUACUGUGACGUGUGCCGAGCAGACGCAGCAAUGGAGGCGGCGACCGUUUUUGAAAUGUGAAAAAACCCUUAAAAAAAACAACAACAAAAAAACAUUAAAAAAAAACAUUAAAAAAAGAGUU